ACUUAAAUUGUUCAUCCGUUUCUUUUUCUCCUCCGUCCUCGUAGGAGGUCGGAUUCCAGAAUGUUCGUUUUGCCGAAUCCGCCUGAAUGAUGCGUUAUCUACCCAUUUUUAUGGGUGAAGUUGGAAUCUAACUCCAAACUCCAUUUUUGUAUAAAAACCUCUGGAGUUAACGUAGAGUGGUUUCCAGUCAAGAUGUCGAACUAUUCUAGUGGAGACGAGUCUCAGGUGGAACGGCGGUCCGGAAAUUUUGGGUGCUCUCACUAUAGAAGGAGAUGCAAGAUCAGGGCACCCUGUUGCAAUGAGAUAUUCGACUGCAGACAUUGCCACAACGAAUCAAAGAACUCGAUUGAAGUUGAUCCUUUAGAUAGACACGACAUUCCACGCCAUGAUAUAGAGAAGGUUAUCUGUUCUUUGUGUGACACGGAACAAGCUGUUCAACAACACUGUAUCCAGUGUGGGGUUUGCAUGGGGGAGUACUUUUGCUCCAAAUGCAAGUUCUUUGAUGAUGAUAUUACAAAGAAUCAGUACCACUGCAAUGAAUGUGGCAUCUGCAGAACCGGUGGGGCAGAAAAUUCUUUCCAUUGCAGUAAGUGUGGAUGUUGCUACCCUACAGUUUUGAAGGACUCACACAAUUGUGUUGAAAGAGCCAUGCAUCAUAACUGCCCAGUUUGCUUUGAGUUCCUCUUUGAAACAACAAAAGACAUUUCUGUCUUACUUUGCGGACAUACCAUUCAUUUGGAAUGUGUGCGACAGAUGGUGCGUCACUUGCAGUAUUCUUGCCCUGUCUGCUCCAAAUCAUUUUGUGAUAUGUCCCACGUGUGGGAAAGACUUGAUCGUGAGAUUGCUUCAACACCGAUGCCACUAAUUUAUCAGAAUAAGAUGGUGUGGAUCCUCUGCAAUGAUUGUGGGGAAACCUCAGAGGUAAAUUACCAUAUUGUGGCACACAAGUGCUUGAAGUGCAAUUCAUACAAUACAAGACAGACUCGUGGAGGCCCUGCAUCGUGCUCCUCAGGGAUUGAGGAGGAGAUGCUGAGAUGAUGGAUUUUGUGACCAAUAUUCCUACCUUCUUAAAGUUUCACUUCAAGGUCCAUUGUCCAAGUUAUUCAUUCUCUGCUAUGGAAUAGGGUAUUUUGCCAGAGGCAGUAGCUCGCUAGAAUACUUAUUCCCUUUUUCUUUCUCACUCGUUUCUGUUCCCUGCAAUGUGAGAUAUGUGCAUGACAGAAAACUGAUUGUAUUAGUUAGUAAAUGUGUCAACUGGUCAUCGAAGGAUCAGAUAAAGUGUAAUAUGGCAUUAGCAGUAAGGAAUAAAUUUAAAUUUGCUAUGCCAUUUCGAUUCUUCUGCAACUUCCGGAGUCUUAGCUUGUCCAGAGUGAUAAUGGCUUGCGUUUGCAAUGGCUAUGCCAGUUUGCUUAAGAUUCCUCAUCUUCUUUCUCAUGUAGUGUGGAACAAAUUUGACUUUGUUCU